GCCUACCCAAAGAUCCAGAGAAAUUUGCAGAUGUUGUAAAUAGCAUAAUACAAAAAGCAUCACCAAAUAAAAGGAAAUGUUUAUCAGAGAAGAAUAUGCUGUUGACACCCUCCAAAAGGAAGAGACUAGUGAAUAUGGAAAACACUGUAGAUUGUAUAAAAAAAAACUCUUGAGGAUUUAAAAGCAAACAAGUCAUCAGCUAGCACAAAACAGAGACGUACAGUUAUGAACAAAAUGGCCAAAACCCUGAAGAAGCAUAAAAAAAUGAUGAGAACAUGUAAAGAACUAGGACUGCGCUACAAAACAAUGUCAAGAUGGUCUCGGUGUGCGGAAGAAGAAAGGAAGAAGAGGUCAGAUAUACUUCUACACACAGAAGACAUCAAGAAUUUUUUCAUAAAACCAUAUGUGUCGGUAGUUCAAUCAUCAAAGGCGACAGUGAAAGGAGAACAACAGCAACAAACCCUGAACCAAACCUUACGGGAAACUCAUAAACUUUUCCAAACAGAAAACCCAGAUCUAAAAGUCAGUUUCAGCAAAUUUGCUAAACUUAAGCCUUCAAAUAUAAAAACAGUCGACCAACAACAGUUCAGAGGCUGUCUCUGUGAAAAAUGUGUCAAUGUGGAGCUGAUUCUUAAAGCAUAUAAUAAGGAAAAUAAAGACAAAAUAAAAGACAGAUACGAAGCCAGCAGAAUUACUCUUUGUCAAUACAAAAAGCAUCCACAACUUUCUUGCGUUCAGCGAAAAUGUCUAAAAUGUGGAGUAGAAGCAGGACUGCAGGGGCAUAUAUCAAACACAGAUAUGGAUAAAGCAACAACUUGGUACAAGUGGCAAGUAGUUAAACUUACCAACAAGAAAACGGGGAAGGAAACCACAAAAAAGGUCCUGGUAGAUCAUUCCGGUACAAUGAAAAAUCUUGUUGUUGAAUUGACAAACAGCCUCGAAAACCUGGCAACACAUUUAUUUGAAGCAAGCUGGCAGUACCAACAGUUAGUCAACUUGAAGGAAAACUUGCCAGAUGGUGUUCUAUUGUGCGUUUUGGAUUUCGCAGAAAAUUACACGGCCAAAACUCAGGAUGAAAUCCGAAGUGCUCAUUGGGCACACGACCAGAUCACAAUCCACCCAGUAGUAUGUUACUAUAACUAUACUACAACCAAUGCAGAGACGAAGGAACAAGAAGGAACAAGAAGGAAAACACAUGAAAUGGUGUUCGUGUCGGACGACAUUCAACACGAUGCACAUUUUGUAGAGGCGUGCUUGACGGAAACUCUUAAACACCUAGAGGAAACUGUACUCAUAAGGAAAAUUGUACAAUUUACUGAUGGUUGUUCAUCACAGUACAAGUCAAAAAUUCCUUUUUUGGAUAUAAGUGCCAGAAAUGGGAUGGACAGAAAUUUUUUCGGGUCAGGCCAUGGCAAAGGACCAGCUGAUGCAGUUUCUGGUGUGGUUAAAUCAGCCGUGACACGUGCAGUCAAAGGUGGGCAAUUUAUAACAAAUGCCAAACAGUUAAAAGAAUUUGGAGACCAAAAGCUUGCACGAGACCAACCAAAGCUCAAAAGAACAUUCCAUUUACUGGACAACAUCAAGAGAGAUAGGAAUAGAGAGGGAAAGACGGUUAAAGGUACCAGAAAAUUACAUUCAGUGCGGGGUAUAUCCUAUGGCAAAAUUGGUACCAGAGCACUGACAUGCACAUGUGUCAAUUGCCUUGGGCUAGAUGGACAGUUCACAUGUCCAUCAUCAAGUUAUGUGUCCGAUUGGGUGGUGGAAGAUGUAUGUGUUGUUGCAAGAACAAAAAGACAGAAAUCUACGAAAAACACAAAAGAACAGGGGAAUGAAAAGGAGAAUGAGGCACCAGCAACAAAGAGACAGAAACCAGCGAGGGGAAUCGGUAGGCAAAGUACGAGAGGUAGGUCUGAAUGUGAAUCCAAUAAUAAUGUAGAACCCUACAUGAUUUUGAGGCCAAGCCUUCCAACAGAGACUGGUGUUGGGAAUAAGAGACCACAGAAAGAGGUGAUAAGUGGUACAGUCAAUGCGAAGAAGAGAAAGACUAAAGGACAACAGAAAGAGGCAUCUGUCCCAGAAGAAGCUAAGAAGAGGAGACAUACUGUGGGGCAGCAGAAAGGUGUGUCAGCAAACAUUUCAGAGAAGGUAAAGGAGGAAGGGACAAAGGGACCGAAGGAGAAAAAAGGGACGAUAAAUGACAUUGGAGCUACAGAUGUAGGGAACGAGAGACAGGCAUAUUUUGAAGCCAAAAUGAGGGAAAUUCGUAGUUUGGACACAUAUGAGGAGCUGGAAACUUGUGCAUUUCAACUCACCGAGGAAUGCGAAAACACUUAUGGACAUGUAAGUGUAGAUCUCAACAUCAGUAUUAUUGAAAGCAAUUUAACUGGAGACUCUGUUGCACAAGAACUACUACCAGAUGACCUUCCAGAGGAGCUAACUACCCUGAUACCAGUGAAUGUGCUUGGUGAUGGGAACUGCCUCGCGAGAAGUGCAAGUGUUCUUGCGUUUGGAGAUGAAAGACACCAUGUUGAGAUUAGAUACAGAAUUAUCCUUGAACUACUCACACACAGCGAGUUAUAUCUCAAUUUAGAUUAUGUCAACAGGGGUGCAUCUCUACCGCCAAAUGAAGAAAAAUGUCUUGCAACCACAUAUGCCAUGUUCUCCGAGUACUAUAUCACCGGAAAUGCACUGGGACCAGCGUUAAUGAAGACAUUAUUCGAGUCCGAAAUAAUGGGGAUUAGACAAAGAAAUUCAUACAUGGGCAUAUGGGAGUUGUUUGCCAUCAGCUCAGUCAUGGGAUGUAAACUUUUGUCAGUCUACCCGAAUCUUGGGCCACCAGUGUCCCAUCUCACCCUUCAUAGAUUGAUUCUUCCACGCGAGUUGAGACAUGCCAACAGCAUCUGUGGAAUAAUGUGGACCAGUACGAGACCACAGAUGGAGAAAAACUGGGUUCCUAACCACUUUGUUCCCUUUCUGCCAGUUACAAUGCCACAGCAUGCACCCAUUCUUCUAGCUCAGAUGGGAUGCGAUGAUUUUGAAGAUGACCUGGACUGUCUUGAGGAUUCCAGUUUCAUCAACAAUCUCAUACAGACGUUAUUAAUGGAUGGUGAUGAUAAUGAUCAGUCGGUGACAUGUGACGAUAUGCUGCAUUCAGCUUUGCCUACGGCGGAUUGUGACCACCUCUCAGGACCUGCGUCCUCGUCUGCACCGGCUGGUGACCACCUCCCAGGACCUGCGCCCUCGUCUGCACCGGAUAAUGACCACCUCCCAGGGCCUGCGUCCUCGUCUGCACCGGCUGGUGACCACCUCCCAGGACCUGCGCCCUCGUCUGCACCGGAUAAUGACCACCUCCCAGGGCCUGCGUCCUCGUCUGCACCGGCUGGUGACCACCUCCCAGGACCUGCGCCCUCGUCUGCACCGGAUAAUGACCACCUCCCAGGGCCUGCGUCCUCGUCUGCACCGGCUGGUGACCACCUCCCAGGACCUGCGCCCUCGUCUGCACCGGAUAAUGACCACCUCCCAGGGCCUGCGUCCUCGUCUGCACCGGCUGGUGACCACCUCCCAGGACCUGCGCCCUCGUCUGCACCGGAUAAUGACCACCUCCCAGGGCCUGCGUCCUCGUCUGCACCGGCUGGUGACCACCUCCCAGGGCCUGCGUCCUCGUCUGCACCGGAUGAUGACCACCUCCCAGGACCUGCGUCCUCGUCUGCACCGGCUGGUGACCACCUCCCAGGGCCUGCGUCCUCGUCUGCACCGGAUGGUGACCACCUCCCAGGGCCUGCGUCCUCGUCUGCACCGGAUGGUGACCACCUCCCAGGACCUGCAUCCUUGUCUGCACCGGAUGGCCCGGUCGUCUCCAGCUCUCAAACUGGCAAGAAACCUGCCAAGAGCCAGGAUACCAUGAUGCCUCGUCCAGUCCUUGAUGCCAACAAAAUGCUCUUGUUAGAAAGGGCUGUGCUGGAGAAAUGUCCAGAACUGACCAGGACAUCCUUCUUUAGAAAGUUUGAAAAUUUACAGAAAAUGGAACAGCGAUUUCACAAAAAUAAAUAA